AUGGCCGCCUGGAAGAAGCCAGCGGGCGCUGGCCGCGACCAUCUGGACAUAAACGUGGCGUUCACGCGCACGAUAUUGCCUGACAAAAUAGGCAAGCUUGUUGUGGAGAUCAUCAAGUACGUCCUUUACGAGCGCGAGCAGCUUCCUAUGCCGUACGACGACCUGAAACGCCACGUUGAGGACGUUGCGCAGAGUCAAAGCGCCCAGAAAAAGACUGUCAAUCCAUUCCUAUUGGCCAAGCAACGCAAGGCCAUCACAAGCCUCCAGGGCAUGGACGCCAUCUUCAGCGUCGCCCAGGACCUCAUCCGCGAGCGGAAGGUCACAAAGGUCCUGCUGCUAUUCGGAGCCACGGUGCUCUCGCCCGUCGAGAGCUACCUCAUCCGUGUACCACAGCGCAGGCAUGGCUGCCUGAGCUGUGGCACAUCUGCUGGGUUUCGCCGCUGUAUGCUCGAUGUCCUCGAGGCGUUCCUCCGUGUCGACGCCACCCGCAAGGCCGCCACUGCUUCCAAACUGAUGACAUUCCUGCUCAUAAGGAAAGAGGACGUCGUCUGCAACCUCAUGGAUGUCAAGUCUAGCUUCGACGUACCGCGGAAGGGCAGCCUCACGACCCUCGAGCUCAAUCUUCCUCCAUGCCCGCACGACGUUGUGGAGGACGGCUUGCAAGUGUGGUCUGAUGCCAUCCAGGAUGUGUCCGCUUUUGCUGAUGAGGAUGUGUCGCAGAGUUGCCCUGGAGAGUACGUUUGGGUGCAGUGCAAGCCAGUGUUUCUGACGGUAGGGCCCAGCACAUUUGUAAAAGAAUCGCCAGCAGAGUCUUCGAAAAAUUCCCUUCUCAGAUAGCGUGACAAUGCUUAAUGUAAAAGCAAUACAGUUCACUUCCACUGCUAGCCAAACGAGCAAGCAUUCCUUGCACCACUUGUAGUGGGAACCAUGCAUUUAUGAUUUGCCAUACAUCACAUCAGCUCAUCCAAAGGAGUGUUAAUGUCGCUUCUUGCCGGGUCAGUGUGAUGGCUGGCACGCUUGAGUGGCUGGAAGUGGUCUUUUGCAGCAACAGCAACUGCAGCACUUCACCUGCAUCGAAGAUGAUGACAUUCUGGCCAACAUGGAAAGCAAAUGUUGUUGAUCUUGCAGACACCUGCUUUCGCUUUUUGCCAUUCUGCUAUGCUCACGGCCAAGCAUGAACUGAAUAUGUGGUCUGGUGCUGUGGAAGAAUUGCAUGUGCUCUUCGUGGAAGUGAUUGGUGCCUUCGGAGUCCGCAAGGAGAUUACUUUCAAGAGUGGUGCAAGCUAGUACUCUUGAUGAUGACUUGAUAGCAUGUUUGGGAAAGAUGCAUCAUCCAAGGCAUCUAAAAACUUGCUUUUCAGGUAACCUGUUCCCACGUAUUGUGAAAGGAGUGACUAUUUACUCUGAUAUUUACUGAAUGAGCUUAGGUUACCAUCUUCCUUGGUGAGAAAUGCCUGCAUGUACAAAGGCAACAACUCGCCGCUCAUUCUGUUGGCUCAGCAUAAACAUGAUUUGUAGACUUUUUUUUUUCUAUAGCAAGGAAUCCAAACGCCAAUGCGCUGAGACAAUCACAGCUGUCAACUGUGCUUUCCGACAUUGAUAACCAGGAAGUCAGGUGAUUUAGCGAGGUCUCAUGAUUUGAAAAGGCAGGCCUUUUCUGGCUGAAAAUCUUAGAAGUCAGGACAGAAGAAGAACAAACAGGACAGCAAAGUGCUUUUUGCUAUCCUUUUUAUUGUACUUCUUGUUCCUGCUUCUUAAAGUCAUGAAUGCUAAAGUAUAUUUCACAGGCUUCACGUUUAGUGUCAUGAGCGCUAGUGUUUACUUUAAGGAAUGGCUUUGCUAUGAACCUGAGAAAACAGGUGUGUUGCUGCCAGGCAAGGGUGAAUACUUGUGCACUAAGCGAGGGAAGCACUGUCCUAAUGUGGACCGUUCUAAAUGCUUUAGCAAUGUCCAGCCCUGCGGAACACUAUCAAAACACAAGAAUUCACAGGAAGAUGCUGAGUCAUUGGAGUAUUUCACAGAAGCCGAAUGUGGGGAGCCCUUAGUCAAUGUUUUAACAAGGGGGUCCAAGAUAAGUCUGCUUUCUGAAACGUUGGCUCCAGGUUGAGGCCUCCCUUGUUCGCACGGUGUUGAAGCCUCUUCGUGCGAUAUGUGCUCUAAGCACCGACAUAACGGCCAUAACAUUUGGCCACUAGAGACAUUUAGCAUGUCCGCUAUUCCGGCGAACCGGGGCAGUUUGGGCGGAUUACCGGAUGGUCGGGGGCGUAAACGUGAGUGGCCAGAUUGGUGGCGCCAGCUGGUGGUAUAAAGCUCAACUACACAAACACAGAGCCAAUUACUAUAUUCUUCUUAGCUGGGGCGUAUGUUUCCGACAGCGGCGUAAUUGUGAACACAAUUACGCCACCGCCGAAAAUUUGCACCAGCAGCGAAGCAGAAUAAAGUAGGUUAUUGCAAUUUUAGCUCUGUGUUUGUCUGAUUGAGCUCUACAACACCAGGCGGCUGCACCGCUCCGGCCACUCACGUUUACGCCCCCAACCAUCUGGUAAUCCGCCCAAACCGCCCCAGUUUGCCGGAAUAGCAGACACGGUAAAAGUCUCUACUGAUAGAACUUGAUAGUACGUAAAAGUAUGGACAACUGGACGAGUUGGGGUGGUAACAUGGUGAAACCGCGUCAGAAAACAGGACGGUGUGCCGACUCUUCAACUGAAGUUGAUCAGAAAAAACAUGUAACACCUUUCAUACGUACCAUCUGGUGGACAGACAGAAACAUGGCAGAAAAAGCUAAAGGAACUAAACAAACCAAACCAAAUGCAAGGAAAAAGAAACAAUGUAGGAACAAAUAUAAGGCCAAUAAAGUUCAGUUGAGAGUCAGCACACCAUCUUAUUUGUUUUUUUGUGCUCAUAUUUGGUGCUGUUUCACGGUGUUCAUAGUAUGCAAGUAAUAUUACAAUGCAGCACUGGGAAACGCGCAGAAAGACAGGGUCACAACGCUGUGUCCCGAUUUCUGCUGCCCUGUGUGUUUUGCUUACACUGCUCUGCACAGCUAGCCUCAUCAGUCUGUAAUUUGUAAUUUUACAGUUUUACACUCCAGUGUACACUUGCACAGCUAAAUGUCUCAUUGGUUGAACUGCGCAAUUUGCACCUCCUUUUGACUUUGUCAUAUUAACAUUCGACGGUACCUUGUGUACCGAUUUCCCUUGCAGACAAAUUGUGGUAAGAAGCGACAUUACUUUUGGCAGAAGGAAAGAGGUCUUUUGUUGCGCGACUGCUAAUCACACCGCAUAUAAACGAAACCUCCAGCCUUUCUUUUUUUGCUUCUGUUUUUCAACAGACAGCAUACGCAGAUUGCUAGAGAGACUGAAGGCUGAAAUGGCCCGACAAGAGCCUCCAACUCACUGCAGUUUGAAAAGAGACAAUACACAGAGACAAUCAUGAGUGCAUUUUCAUAGAGACAUAACCACAUCUCAUCUUGACAUAUUUGCAAAUCAUGUAUGUAAGAGCUCAUGUAUGUAUGUAAUUGGGAUUGAUCAUGACUUCAUAAAACAAAAGCACUGGAGUCUUGUUUACAGGUAUUUAAGGCAGUGAGCGUGCAGCAAGACGAACAUGGAUCCACAUAAUCAGAAUCGCAGAGAGCAAGCUUUGUGCUGAAUAAAGGCCCUCAUCCUUUGCGAAAUGAUUGGAUGAGUCUUGUACUCAAUGAAAACGAUAACUUGAAAAAGGCCGUUUGGCUCGGCAAAGUGUAUUUAAUAGAACUGUGCCAUGUGAAAUUUUCCCUUGGUGGAGGAAGUCAGAGCUGCAAGUUAAGUUUUGUAUUUGUUGUCUACAUACCAUCUGUUGUUAUUGUCUGCUGUUUUUUGUGCAUCUGUCCAGUCCUGCUCAAGCAUGUUAUACAAUUGAGUACUGCAUGUGAUAUCGCCCAUUGCGAAUUCAUUGUGUUGCAUAUUGCCCAAUCACUGUUGAGAGAUUUUACGGUCUACACGAAAAAUCAAUCGCCAAGCUUUUUGCACUGUCGCCAACAGCAGUUGAUUACCAGAUGCCGUCAAUCCUCUUUUGGGAGUUAAUCUAAUAUUUGCAAGAAAUAGUAUUAGCGAGGAAUUGUACGUGUGAAUGGUUUUGAUUGUAGUGCUUUCGCGUUUGAAUUUACUUUUUUUUUCUCUUUAAUGUACAGGCUUUGUUAACUACGAUAGCUCAGUUGGGUCGUUGAUGCUUCCCAACAGAAGUUUGAUCGACAGCUUGACAAGCACAUUGCAGCUCUUGUGCAUGCUUUCCAAGUGUGGUGCCGACCCCCUUUUGAACCAUCUGAGCCUCUUUUGUUAUAAAGGUGGCCUGUGUAAUGUGCCAAAUCAUCCGCUCAUCAUUCAGUGUCACCAUUCUUCACAACAUUGUUCAUCAAAUUGCCUGCAGUGAAUAUAUUUUUAUCGCCAUUUCUAUUGAAUCUUGUUCUACUGGAGAUAUUUGCAUGCUCAUCACUGCCGUUCUAAUGUAUACUUACUCGUAAAAUGAUGGCUCCUUUUGCACUGUACUUAGUACAAUGUUUUUACUUAUGAUAAGGUAAUUGAGUUCAGUUGGGCUUAGUACAAUGUUUUUACUUAUGAUAAAGUGAUUGUGUUCAGUUGGUCAAUCGGUAUAGCUCAUUAAGCAACUGAGCAUUUUUCUUUUUCUUGUCGCUGUAUGCCUAUAUGAUGGCUUCGUAAUAAUUUUCCAAGACAAGCCAUGUAUUAUUUUAGUGUGAAAUAGUCAUCAAAACUCGCUUUCUACAAAGACAGCUAAAUUUAGUUUUGAGUAAACUGACGAGUCAAUUGACCAGAUGUCAUUUACAAGUGAAGUAAGUUCCUGGACAAACCACUGCUAUGCUGUUCAAGGCCUUUGGUGUGCAUGGUACGUGAUGUAAGAAAAUGGUGUCGUAAAAAAAAAAAUGAUAACAAAUGGUCGUGUCAAGUUUAGGCCGAGUGUUGACAUCACACAAUGCUCAUUAUUCUUUGGCAUAUUUAAACGUGUCUUUAUUUCAACGAUGGUCACAAAAAUCUGUACAUAUUUGACAUUCCUUGCUCGAACACAGCUGUGUCACUACAUCAGUAGCCGCACAUCUUUUUUUAAACGACCAUCUGACUUGUUGCUCAAAGAAUGAUUUCGACAGCGUACGCAGACUGUCUUCUUUAUCCUGUACAUUGUCUUGUCUAUGUUGGUGGGAAGAGAAUAAACGCAUACAAACAUCAA